AUGUUUAGAUAUUACAAUCCAAUUACCAAUAAUUUUUGUAGUGGUAAUCUUGAAAAUGAUAGUGAAAAUGAAAAUAAAAUUGAAAAAAAAAAUGAAAAACUUUUAGCAACAACAUUAAGUGCUGAUCUUCAAGGCUAUAAAGAUUUCUUAGGUAGUUGUACAUUUGAAGGUUGUAAAAGAAAAUGUUUAAUGUUUUGCAAAAAUAAAAAUAGAAAAACAUGUACUUGUACUCAUUCUCUUAGUUAUCAUUUUAAAAAUAAUAAUAAUAUAAAUAAUAACAUAAAUAAUAAUAUAAAUAAUAAUAUAAAUAAUAAUAGUAAUAAUAAUAAUAAUAAUAAUAAUAAUAAUAAUAAUAAUAAUAAUAAUAAUAAUAAUAAUAAUAAUAAUAAUAAUAAUAAUAAUAAUAAUAAUAAUAAUAAUAAUAAUAAUAAUAAUAAUAAUAAUAAUAAUUCCAACGAAGAAUUCAUUGAAAAAAGAAAUGAAUUAUUGGCAAUUUAUUAUAAACCACAACAAGUUUUAACUUCAUUAUCAGAAAAUGAAAAUUAUAGCUUAAAAUCAUCACCAUCAUCACACGUCAAAAAAACUAAAACACAAAAGCCAAAAAAAGCAGCACUCAAAAAAACGAUCUCUUCUCCAAUAACAAUUCAAAAAAUAAAUAGAGAAAGAAAGAAAGAAAAUCAAAAUAAUCUCCAAACCGUUAUUGAUGAUAAUUUUAUUAAUACUCUUCCUCAACUUUCUGAUGAGUUUUAUUUUUUUCAAGUUAAUUGUAAUUUAUUUUACCCACUUUCAAAUAAUUUUAAUUUGCAAUAA